GUUUUACAAACAUGGCUACUUUUGGGAAUAACUUUUCAACGAAACGAACCCGUUUAACUUCUAUUUUCUGGCCUUAAUAUUCGUCAAAAACAUCCGAAAUCCUUUAAUUUAUACUUGAAAACGAAAUGAUGGUGAGUUUUGAAGAUGUCCCACUUAAACCGUCAGGCAAAUGGAAACGAAAGAAGGCAAAGUACGAAGCUGUCGGUAGAGACGACUCCAGUCAGGACGAAGAAGACACAUUGUAUUCCUCUGACGGUUAUAUUUCUGUUGAUACUGACGGAGACGAGGAAGAUUUAAAGAGAAGAGAGUAUAAAUAUCGUCGUGCUAGAUGGUUUGUCUGUUACGGCUGGAAAUGGUGGUGUCAGAGGUAUUAAAAACAGUAUUAAUUGUUGUAUAAAACAUUAAAUAUUUACAUUUAUACGAUCUAUCAUCUUGUUCUUUCAUUCAUGUCAUAUUUAAUUAAAAACAACAUACUCCUAUAAUUCCAUAUUUAAACGUUAAGUUUAAACUAUUUUUAAGUGAUUCCUAUGUUUGUUUGUUUGUUUGUCCAAAUUAAAGAAAGAAGUAGAACUGUAGAAGUAGACUGUUGUUUCUUUAAUAAUGAAUCGCUCCAAAUUAUGUAUGGGCAUGAUUUUUGUACACUAUGUUGUCCAGUUUAUGGACAGUAAAUUUUUGUAUGGAAUAUUUUACCUUUAUUAAAGAUUUCUAUAAAAAUGAAAGUAUUACAGAUUUCACUCACUAUCCUAGUAUAUUCCUUAAUUUUAAAACAUCAACCACUAUUUAUUUAUUUAUUUUGUAAUAAUUAGUAAAACAAAGUAUUUAUUCAAGUAGAUGUUUAUAAUAUAUAUUGACGUAUCAUAAUCAAAUGUCCCAUUUUGGUUGGUUGUUUUAAUUUGAUUGCAGCGUGGUAGUUGUUAAUUUGUUUACUUUACAGUUUACACAUAGGAAAUAAACCUGUUAGUCACACACUGGUUGCAGACACAUUCUUUCAUAAUUGCUUGCCAGAUUUUUUCCAGUUUUACAACUAUAAUUACCGUAAGUGUAUAACAGCUGCCAUAGAACGUGAAAUAUGCAGUGUAUUUUUAUUACUUCAAAACCCAAAAUUUAAGAAAUUCAUCACAGACUUAGCUAAAUAUAUUUCAUCUUGACAAGUAAUGCAACUACAUAUGUAAUCAUUUAAUACCUGUCAGUGUUAUUUUUUUGUUAGCUGUCACAUUUUCCUAGUGGACAUAUUUUGGCAUGAAGUGAAAGAUUUAAUGGCUACAUGUAAUUCUGAUUCUAGCUGAGCAUUAGGCUGUUUUGACUUUUAAUCAGACAUUGUGUGUAUGUUACUAAAUAUUAGCAUACUCGAGUGCUUGAUUGACCAUGUGUGUUCAUGCAUGAAAUCCUUAAGAAAAUAUUUGAAUAAAUUAAAACAUAACUGCCAAAUAACCAAUUUUGGUUGAUUGGAGGAAAAAAUUGCAUUUAUCAAUGAUAAAUGCAUUAUCAAUUAUCAUUAAUUCUUUUGCAAUUGUUCAGGAGCACUAUGGCUCAUUGGAGUGAAACAAUGGGUUAUUCUAGGACACAUCCACACCUCCCCCAUAGAAGCUGCUGAUUGGUAUUUUCUUAGACAGGGUGUCUAGGGUGUCAAGGUGAACCUUUAGAAAUCACCUUUUUGUUGUAAGCACCCAAACUUCAUUACUUCUUGGAGUUUAGAAUGCAUUGAAAUUGUACAAGUUUAAAACUGCAUAAAUUGUACAUGAAAAUUCUAGUUGAAAGUUAAACCAAAUGUCAUCAGAUAUUUUAGUGAAUAUAAAUAGAGUAAACGGAUUCUCACAGAACCAGCCUUGUGCUGUACAUUUAGAUCCUACCUCACUUUGUUGGUCUCCUAUCAGUGAGGAUGUAAUUAUGUGUUAUAUUUCAGAUGCUGCAAUAAUUUAUGCGGAACUGGUGAAUUGCAAGCAAGAACUGUUCAUAUUGGAAAACCAGUAAGGAAUAUUUUCAUCUACUUGAUUGAAAUUUUACAUAGUUAUUUAUUUUACUCUGUAAAAUAAUUAUUAUAUUAUAUAUUUUGUGACAGUCUCCACGUCAAGACUACCCUGCAAAUGUUAUCAGAAAUCAGAAGUACAGUAUAUUGACUUUUAUACCCUUGGUAAGAUAUAUAAAAAUGAUAUAUGAUACUUUGUAUUAUGUCUUGCAAUUUGUCCUUAGCAUCAACCAUUGAAGACCAUCAACAUCAUCAUCAUUGUCACCACCACUACUGUCACCAUUAUCAUUAUCAUUGCCACCAUCAUCACCCUCACCAUCAUCACCAGUUUCACAAUUAUUACCACCACCAUCAUUACCACCACCAUCAUUACCACCACCAUCAUUACCACCACCAUCAUUACCACCACCAUCAUUACCACCACCAUCUUCACUACCAUCAGUACCGCCAUCACCCUCAUCACCACCACUGGUCAUCAUUACCACAACCAUCAUUACCACCACCAUCAAUACCACCACCAUCAUUACCACCACCAUCAUUACCACCACCAUCAUUACCACCACCAUCAUUACCACCACCAUCACCACCACCAUCGUUACCACCACCAUUAUUACCACCACCAGCAUUACCACCACCAUCUUCACCACCACCAGCAUUACCACCACCAUCUUCACCACCAUCAUUACCACCACCAUUAUCACCACCACCAUCAUUACCACCACCAUCAUUACCACCAUGAUCUUCAUCACCAUCACCCUCAUUACCUCCACUAUCACCACCACCACCAUCAUCACCAGUAGUAUCUCUGCUUUACCUAUAUAAUAAUUUUCUUUCUUUAUAUUCAAGGUACUGUUCAAUCAGUUCAAGUUUUUUCUAAAUCUUUAUUUCCUGCUUGUGGCAUCUUCACAGUUCAUUCCUGAUUUAAAGAUUGGACAUCUGUAUACAUAUUGGGGACCACUGGUAUGCAUAUACUAUAUAUUACCCUAUAAGUGUAGCUUUGACAGACUCAUUUCACAUUCACGUCUGGAGCCCAGAAUACGAAUUGAAUUACCCAGAGAUGAAAGGAAAUUUAAUUAUAUGUUCUGCUUCCAAAGUGUCCUUAGUAAAACUAAAAUCCCAAAUGUGUUAAUUUUGUGUUUUUUCCAUGUACAGGUGUUCGUUGUAGCAGUGACAAUGUGCAGAGAGGCCUUCGAUGAUUUUACAAGAUUUCUAAGAGACAAGGAAGUUAAUUCUCAAGUUUAUAAGAAACUGACAAAGAAAGGUAUUAAACAGUGGAUAAAUAGAGAUUUUCAGAUCUUUGUAAUAACUAGAUGCGUUUUUUAUGGGCAAGACAGAGUUUUGCAAAAAAAUUAUAUAUAACCUGUUAUACCAGUGCCCUAUUUUGCAACUGUAUUUAAAGCUACGUUUACACGCUGCGAUUUAUCGUGUAAACGAUUCGUUUUCUGGCGUAUGUCAUUGAGUAAACACGCAUAAGCUGACUACGUUUGAAAUUUCUUUUUAACGAAACGGCAAUGAAUUAUAGCGCCAGCACUCAUUUUAAUACGCCAGAAUACGACAAAUCGUAGCAUGUAAACGCACCUUAACUUUGAGUUGCAUUGUGCCACACUUUAUUUUUCAUUUUGCCCAAACGAUCUUACCUGUCAAGGGGAGGGCACUGGUGCUCAAUUGGUUAAGGUAUAGACGUGUUUAUGGAUAUACCGUGUUACGUCAUCCUCAUGAGUAAUUAAAUUAUAUAUUUAUUAAGUUUGCUUUGUAAUUUGUGUAGGCAUUGUUCCAGUACCUAGUUCAAAGAUUCGAGUAUCUGAUAUUAUUAUUGUGGAAAAGGUAUAGCCAUGUGGCAUGUGUUCAUUUAUUUAAAGUUUUCUAUAAGUCCUCAGACUAUGUAUGCAAUUCGAGGAAAGAAUACGAAGCUAAUUUUGUUAUGUGUUGGUUUGUGGAAAACACCGCGUGCAUUUAUUUCAACCAACCUUUGAACGAGUCUAUAGAGAGGCUCUCGUAUUUGCAAAAUAGGUUCUGUGGUAGGCUAUUCCAGGAUACGAAUCCUGUGUAUGAGAAAAAUCAAUAUUUUUCACUAUGAGCCACAAACAAACUUUCUAAAACGCAGGUUUUAGAAAGUUUGUUUAUGGCUCAUAGUGAAAAAUAUUGAUUUUUUAUCUUUAUAUUUGAGGGAAGUGGGUUCCUAUAUGUAAAAUGUUAUCCAAUAUAAAUUAUUAAAUAUUUUUUUGUGAUUUUAGAAUCAAAGAGUACCAGCCGAUAUGAUAUUUUUACGUACAUCAGAAAAGAAUGGUGAGUAUAAUCUCCAGGUCGGUGUACCAAUCAUGUGUUACUAUAUCUAGCCAUAAUGUGGCAUUUGUUCAACGUUAAAAAUAUUGUUUGUGUAGGCUCGUGUUUCAUAAGGACAGAUCAACUUGACGGAGAGACAGAUUGGAAAUUACGGAUUGCUCUUCCUGCCUGUCAAAGCUUGCAUUCUGACCACGUAAGACAAUUAGAACUGCAGUUAAACCUUUUCUUACAGAUGUCUUUCAAAUACAGACACCUCUCUAAUACGGACAUUUCUCUAUUUCGGAUACCACUCUAGUAUCAAAACCUCUCUAAUUCGAACACUUCUCUAAUUCGAACACUUCUCUAAUACGAACACCUCUCUAAUACGAACACCUCUCUAAUGCGAACCCCUCUCUAAUAUGGACAUCUCUCUAAUACGAACACCUCUCUAUUACUAAAACCUCUCUAAUACGAACACCUCUCUAAUACAAACAUCUUUCAAAUACGAACACCUCUCUACCACGUACAUUUCUCUACUUUGGACACCUCUCUAUUACCAAAACCUCUCUAAUUCGAACACCUCUCUAAUACGAACACCUCUCUAAUACAAUACCUCUCUAAUACGGACACCACUCUAAUAUGGACACUUCUCUAAUUCGAACACCUCUCUAAUACGAACACCUCUCUAAUACAAUACCUCUCUAAUACGAGCACCUCUCUAAUAUGGACACUUCUCUAAUUCGAACACCUCUCUAAUACGAACACCUCUCUAAUAUGGGCACCUUUCUAACACAAUACCUCUCUAAUACGAACACCUCUCUAAUAUGGACACCUCUCCAAUACAAUACCUUUCUAAUACGGACACCUCUCUAAUACGAACACCUCUCUAAUCCGAACGCCUCUCUAAUACGGACUCCUAUCUAAUACGAACACCUCUCUAAUAUGGGCAUAUAUAUAUAUAUAUUACAGACAUGUCUUUAGUACGGACACCUCUCUAAUACGGAUAGUUUCCUAUGUGCAGACAUUGCUAUAACUUCAGCACCUGUAUCAGAGAGAUUUUGUGUUUCUUUUCUAGGAUUUAUUCAGUAUUAACGCAUUCAUUCAUGUUGAGAGACCACAGAAAGACAUUCAUUCAUUUGUUGGAACAUUGAUCAGGGUAAAUACAGAUGAUGCAGAGAGAAUUUGUAAAACGACCGCAGGCAUGAUACUUGACAAAAAUUGUGUUUAUAUUUUAGAAAGUUGAGAGCGAAGGUGAAGAUCCAGUUAAUAUAGAGAACACGUUGUGGGCCAACACAGUUAUAGCUACAGGUACAGUACCGUGAAUUUAUAAAUUUUGAAUAUUUAAGUCAAGUUUGAAACAUGAAACAUGAAACAUGAAAGAUUGAACAAACAACAAAGCAAUCUAACAAAAAAACAAAUGUGAAAAAAUAACGCCCUGACGGAGAUGCCAAGUGUAUUUUUUAAAUAUCAGAAUAGACAACUUGCAUGUUAGACAAAUUUUUGAUCUAGCCGAUCUAGACAAAAAAAGUAAAUUUCCGUUAAGAACUUAUUAAAAUUAGUAAAAGUGCAAAAUUUGGUUGCGAAAUGUUGUAAAGCUUGGAAAAUAUAGCUUUGUCAAGUUUGCAUAUUUUCAGUAUAUUUGUAUUACGUGCGGAAAUUGUUACCAUUUUUGAGCCGAAAAUGGUAACAAUUUCCGCUCGUAAUACAAAUAUACUGAAAAUAUGCAAAUUUUACAAAGCUAUAUUUUCCAAGCUUUACAACAUUUCGCAACCAAAUUUUGCACUUUUACUAAUUUUAGUAUAUUCUUUUCAGCUGUGGUGUUUGAUUCCCUUUCCUCUGCUUAGAUUAAAAUUUAGUCUAACAUGCAAGUUGUCCAUUUCUGGGCAUCUCACUCUCGAUUGAACUAAUGAUAAGCUACGUUUACACACAUGGGCCAUUUGGCAGGAAUCAAACCUGGCGCUUUGUGGUUCUGGAACAGCGCCCUAAACAAUAUUUUUGCUUGUCUUUGUAGGAACAGCUGUUGGUAUUGUAGUAUACACUGGUCGUGAAACAAGAAAUGCUUUGAACACCACCUCUCCAACCAGCAAGGUGAGGUGGUUUACCAUGUUGAAACAGUGACAUGUGAAUACCGUUGGCGUUCAAUUCUGCAAUGUGCAGAUGCUUGAGUAAAAUUUCCUCUCAGAAAACUCUUCCAAACAUCACAAUUUAAUUGCGAUGGUGUUACUCUGAGUGUCUCCACACCAGGGUCUUAGCUAGAGGGCCGUGUUGGCCGUGUUAUCGCGGCCAAAAAUGGAAAAACACGGCUAGAUAAAAUGAAUGCGGCUUCAUUAUUUAUUUUAGGCCGUGUAGGUUCAUAAAAUAAGGUGUUACUGCUUACAACAGACAUAAUUUCUUCCUAUAUUUACGUCGUAAGAAAGUUUGUAAAAUCUACUGUAGUUGUUGAAAUUAGCAAAACUGAUCCGUAAUGUUUUAAUGUUUUGAUGGAUAUGAUGUUACUGUAAAAUGGUUUUAAAUACCCCCAAGAGUUGCUGAAAUAACUUAAUAUUUUAAUGUCAGUGCGCAAUAUGAGCGUAUAUGCUCGCCUUGUAUUUGGUUCCAAAGCAUAGAACAACCACAGGCAUUGUCUGUUGUUGGCGAGCCAUAACUAGAAUCGUGAAUUUGGCUAUUCAAGGUAAUUGACAUGUGCACACCUUGGUCAUUUAGAAACACGCCCAAGAUCUAAAAUCCUAGCUAAGACCCUGCUCCACACUGGGAAAGCUGAAAGGUUUGCUUGACUGUGGUGGGAGUCGAACCACGUGCGCUUGAGCACAUGCACCACAGUUUGAUUCUACCAUACAUCACAGCUUGAUUAUACCAUACACCACAGUUUAAUUCUACCAUACAUCAUAGUUUGAUUCUACCAUACAUCACAGUUUGAUUCUACCAUACACCACAGCAUGAUUCUACCACACAUCACAGUUUGAUUCCACUAUACAUCACAGUUUGAUUCUACCACAGAUUCUACCAUACAUCACAAUUUGAUUAUACCAUACAUCACAGUUUAACUCUACUAAAUCUGGAAAGUAUCUGUAACCGAUGUUUUCAAAUUGCUCGGUUUUCCACAACCUCGUUCCUAGGCUCUUCCCUGGGUUUUCCAGUGUAAUUAAGGGUGCAGCAGAACAAAUUUUAAAAGGGUGUCACUUACUGGACCUCGUCUCACGGAGAAAAGAUUAGAAGUGAUAGAGCUCUUCGUUCUGCAGCAAUCUUUAACUAAUAAUGGUCUUUAUUGGACCCAUGCAGUCUAAUGAGAUCAGUUUAGAACUGAUAGAGCUAUCCAGUUUAAAUAAAGUUGGCUCAAUUUAGUAAAUUCUUGUAGAUUGGUUUACUGGAUAUUGAAGUGAAUAACCUGACAAAAGUUCUGUUUAUUGCAACCAUGGUUCUUUCUCUUGUAUUGAUAACUGUAAAGG